GACGGCAGCUAACCCGGGUGAUUUUUGAAUCUUCUUUUCGCCAUAUUCUUAUGAACACAACGGGAAGGCAACUUAGCUAUAGUAAUAUUGAGGAGAGAGCAAGCAUUUGUGCUCUUGAGCUCAACCGAAGCUGGUCGUUUUGAACCAUUGAUCAAGUAAUGUGCCUAGGUAGAGGAAACUAAAGUGCAUUCAAUACAGUUCCUACGCUCGUGUACAAUUUCGAGAUGAGUAAUAAAGUUUUUCCAAGUGAAGAUCUUCCGGAGGAAGUGCUGGAGCACAUAUUCUCGUUUCUGCAGUUGUCGGACCGUAAAUCGGCUUCACUAGUGUGUACAAAGUGGGAAAAGUUGACGUUUAGUCGUAGAAUUUUGCGCAAAGUGGUGCUCAAUAUCCCAAUAAAUAAUAUAGAUCGAAUGUUCGAUUUGCGCAAAACCAAACGCCGUUACAGAAAUGUGUUCGUUAUUUUGGAUCGGCACGAGUUCCGUUUCCAAAUGUUAAUGAUUACUUUGAACCUGUUCGCUGCAUAUGUGGAGAGUCUCCGGUGCGUGGGACAUUUGAACACGAAGCAGCUGUGUAUGCUAUUGAGACGUUUACCAAAUCUGCAGCAGUUGACAGUUGGGAUUAACGUCGAUGACGACGAUGAUGACGAUGAAGAUGACGAUGACGAUGAACCGCUUGAAGACUUCAGUUUGCAGAUUGAAAGUCUAGAUGCUCCCAACGUGACCCAGCUCGGAAUCAGAUUAUCAGCACCAGCGGAAGCAAGAAAUGUCCUGCCUGUUAUGCGACGACUGGCUCCCCAGCUUAAGAACGUGAAUUUGUAUUCCACGGGUUAUUUCAUUCCUUUGGAACAGCUGCAGUUUCCAAAGGCCGAAGUGCUAAAUAUUGGCGGAAACCUGUGUAAUACGGAAAACGAUUGGGUUCUACGGACAUUCUUCGCAGGAUUUAAGCUUUUGAAGGAAGUGAGACUCGAUUCCAACAUCCAAGAGAUAGCGUUGGAUGUGAUAACAAGUGCGUGCCCAGCAAUCGAAUUACUCAAAUUCGAUGGUCCCCGCUUCAAUCCGAUUCCAUUUCAUUUGUUGGGGCGCCUAAAAUAUUUAAAGACGUUAGGCCUCGGAGAAGUCAAUGAUGAUCCAGAUAUUAGCUUACAAUGCAGCCCAUUGGAAAGCGUGGAAAACCUUAGUCUGGACCUUUCCGAAUGUGAAGAGAGUUCGAUUGGACGACUACGAUAUCUGCUACCGAACAUAAUUGCCAUGGAUGUAACACUGAGAGACGAUUGGAACAUCGAAAAGGGACUUGGACACGUCUGCCAAAGCUUCCAAGGACUCAAACGUUUGGAAAUUUCCGACAAUUCCACUUGGAUUCCAAAGUCUAGCAUCAGCCUUCUUGCGGUGGAGCACCUGGAUCAACUGGAAGAACUUACUUUUAAGAAUAUUCGUACACAAAUAGUUGAUAUACCACCAAACCCUCACCUUAAGCGAUUAGUGUUGAAAUCUCAUUGCUGGUUGUUCAACGAGGAUAUGCUAGAGUUGGCAAGGCAGUAUCCAAACCUGCGAUACUUUGAGCACGAACCGAACACAAUACAGGGGAUUGCUGCUUUUAAAUCGCAACUGGUGAACUGUGCGGUACACUGUAGACCACACGCCACGAAUAUUAUUUCAAGACAUGAUCGCGAUUUUUUGGAAAACCUUAAUCAUCGUACACCACUGAUAUAACAUGUUGGCUUCGCUAAGAUAUUGCAAUGAGCUCAGUAAACUAGUGUAAUUGCCCGUGUAGCUAAAGGAUUUUAUUUUUUUUCCUUCUAUAGGAGGGAAAAUCAGCUCAACAGACACCCUUACAGGAAGGUUAGGGUAGUGUGGGGUUAAGGCCGUCUUCUACAAUAAUAGUUAAAGCCAGGACUACUCUCUCCUCGACCCACUUAAACACAUUCCUAUGGUCGCCAAACCCUUCGUCCCUCCGGAACCACCAAGAAGGCAUUGCUUCAGAGAGGGGCUAGUGCGCAUCGCAGCCUCAAGGUUAGCUGCGUAGCCUGCAGCAACGAACAUCGAUGACUCGCUUUGGAGAGUCCAUCACGGUAGCAUGCUGGCGCUUUCAGUUUUCCGAGUGGUCCUCACCACUCCCUUUGUCCUCGGAAGGCGAGCAGGGUCAUCCCCGCCCGCGCCCAACUGCUUCCCAACCGCGGGCUAGGAUCCAACCCAGUAGACCAACGCCACGACAGCACCGCUGUCGAGACUUCCUCGCCGCGGCCACUUAAUCGCUGUAAGGGUCGAUCUCGACCGCAAGGCACCGGGAUGACCUACGAAUCGCCGGACAUUCCCAGAAGAAUUCUCAUUGAAUUUCCAGAGAAAUUCUCUUGGAAUUCCCGAAGACAUUCCAUUAAAACUCCAAGAAAAAUUCCCUUGAAAGUUCCAGAAGAAUUUUCUUCUAAUUUCCAGCGGAAUCCUCUUGGAUUUCAUAGAGGAAUUCCCCUGGAAUUUCUAAACAAACUCCCUUGGAAUUUCCAGGAAAAAAACCCGCUGGUGAGGGAUUUUCUUGAAAUUUCCAGGGAAAUUCACUUGGAAUUUCCAGAGAAAUUCACUUGGAAUUUCCAGAGAAAUUUCCUUGUAAUUUCUAGAGAAAAUCCCAUGUUAUUUCCAGAGAGAUUCUUUUGGAGUUUCCAGAGAAAUUCUCUUGGAAUUUCCAGAGAAAUUCCCAUGGAAUUUCCAGAGAAAAUCCAAUGGAAUUUGCAAGAAAUUCACAGGACAAUUCCAAGAAACUGCCAUGGAAUUUUCAAAUAAAUUUCCAUUGAAUUUCCUGACAAAUCUCUUGUAAUUUCCAGAGAAAUUCGUGGAAUUUCCAAAGAAAUUCCCUUGGAAUAUCCAAAGAAAUUCCCGUAGAAUUUCCAAAGAAAUUCCCGUUGAAUUUCCAAAGAAAUUCCCAUAGAAUUUCCAAAGAAAAUCCGUUGAAAUUUCCAGAAAAAUCCCGCUGGCGAGAAAUUUCCUUGGAAUUUCCAAAGAAAUUCCUUUGGAAUUUUCAGAGAAAUUCCUCUGAGUAUUCCUUUGGAAAUUUAAAAAAAUCCUCUGGAAAUAUCAAGGGAAUUCUUCUAGGAGUUUCAAAAGAAUUUCUCUGGCAAUUCUAAGAGAACUCCUCUGGAAAUACAUCGGGAAUGUCUCUGGGAAUUUAAAGGGAAUUCCUGUGGGAGCUUCAGAGAAAUUGUCUGGAAAUACCGAGAGAAUUCAUCUAGAAAUUACAAGAGAAUUCCUGUGGAAAUUCCAAGCGAAUUUCUAUGGAAAUCUCAAGCGAAUUCCUCUGGAAAUUCCAAGCGAAAUUUCAAGAAAAUCUCUGGAGAAAUUUCUAAAUAAAUGGCUAAAGAAAUUUCUGAAGGAAUCUCUGAACGAAUUUUUGAAAGAAUCCCGUGAAUAACUCAUGGAUAUUUUUUUUUGAAAAAAGGAGGAAUUUCAGAAGUAAACCAUGCAAUAUACUUUGGGAGAAUGCUUAAUGGAAUUUGAAGAAUAGGAGGAAUUUAGGAACAAAUCCCUGAAGAAAUUUUCUGAAUGAAUCCAUGGAACAUACGUAUUUUCAGAAAUUUUACGAAAUACUCUUCCUGCAAGCAUUUACAGGGGAUAGACAAAAUGAUCGGGAAAGGCAAAAUUUUCUCAAAAUUUUCUCAAAAAAUGUUCAACUAGCUGAAACUUUUCGAAAAGUGCAUAAAAUAUUCUCACAUUUUUACUGUAAGUUCAUCAACUAGUUGUGUAUCAGUGGUCCAAAUUUGGGAAAGAUCGGGCGAUUCUCCAUGAAGUAAUAAAGAUUCUUGUAAAAGCUAAAAUUAUGCUAUAGCCAUUUUUGAGCUGUUGUAUCUCCGGAUUCAAUGAACCGAAUGCAAUGAAAUUUUGGCCAUUUAUGACUCUUAUAAUGAGCUAUGAAAAACCUUUGACUUAACUUGAAAUUCUCAACACGGAAGAAAAUUAUAACGAUUUUAUUAUUUUUCUAAUAAAACACCAAAUUAUCCAAAACUUCACCAUCGUUUCUAAAUUCAAGAUGCAAAUUAUAGUUCAUUUAAUUUCCCUCUAAUUGACUCAUAUAUUAAUGUGUUUUGAAGUAAAGUAACAACAUAGCCACCAACAAAUUGAAAAAGUAAUUGAAUACAUAUUAAAAAUUCACCAAUUUGCUAAACAAUCGUGAAAAAUAAAAAUAAAAACGCUAUAACUUUUUCUAUUGAUAAAAAUUUCAAGUGAAGUCAAAUGUUUUCCAGAGGUCAUUAUAUAAGUCGUGAAUGGUCAAAAUUCCAUUGCAUUCCAUUGGUUCAUUGAAUCCGAAGAUAUAUCAGCUCAAAGUUGGCUAUCGGAUAAUUUUACCUUUUCCAAGAAUCUUUAUAACUUUGUGGAAAACAGUCCGAUCUUUCCCAAAUUUGUACCACUAAUACACAACUAGUAGAUGAACUUACAGUAAAAAUUUGAGAUAAUUCGAUGCACUUUUUGAAAAGUUACAGCUAGUUGAACAUUUUUUGAAAAGUUAAAAUUGUGUCUAUCCCCUGUACCAUUAAAUUUUUGAUAUUUCACCAUGGCAUGUUUCUUCAGAAUUAUGUAUACUCAUGGUUUUAGGGCCUACAACUCCGUUAAACAGCUGCCAUCUUGAAUUUGGAGCUGCCAUAUUGGAUUUUAGGCCGCCAUUCUGGAUAUUCUGGCCGUCAUUUUUGGACUCCGUACAUCUUUCCUAAACCAAAUAUACCCAUUUUGCAUGGCGUUAAGGUCUCAAACUCUAUUAAACAGCCACCAUCUUGAAUAUUGAGCCGCCAUCUUGGAAUUCAGAUCGCCAUCUUGGAUAUUCUGAUUGCCAUUUGGUCGGCGUUCAGUCAGAGUGGACCACGCGAUUUUUUGGGCAGGUAAAGAUAAGCGGAGCAAUUCAAUAACUUUGAACUUUUCACUGCUUUAUUUCGUGAGAGAGUAAUAGUUUUUCAAAAAAUAAACCGCUUGAUUUGAUAUCCCAUGCCUUUGCAGGACGUUUUCCCAAAAUCAUUGAAUAACAGAUGAUCCAUUCUGACUUAACGCCGACCAUUUGUGAACUCCUGACAUCUUCCCCAUGAUGAUGAUGUAACAGGGCUUGUUAGGGGAAUAUCUGUAAGUAAAAAGAAAAUCGUGUUAAGUACUGUUCCUUUGAA